GCUGGGAAAUAUGAGCACUCCGCGUCCGCUAAGAUUUCAAAGAGACUUUUAGGGUCUUGUGUAUCGGACCAAGGUCGAGCGAUUGCUGGGGCUUCUUGCCUUCUUGCCUUCUGGGCCGCGUUAUAUAAACCCGCAACGCGUUCAGCCAGCCAUCAAACCAUCUUUUGGCAGCUUCUCAACGAGUUCAAGCAGUUCUUCAGUAAUCAAAACCCUUUCAAAAUGUUCAAGCUGUUCGUUUUCCUCGCCUUCUGCCUGGCUUUGAGCUGUGCCGCUCCUGGCCUGCUCCAUUCGUCGCCCAUCCUGACCAGCUCGUACCACAGUCUGCCCUCGGUGCGGGUGAUCCACCAGCCCAUAUGGACCACCUCGCACAGCGUUGUGCACCCCAUCGGCUACGGUGGAUAUGGACAUGGUCAUGGUCAUGGUCUUGGUCAUGGUCAUGGCUAUGGCUGGAUCUAGGAGAAGGCGUCUCACAAAUGGGCGUCCUCGAGCAGCCGGCAGAUCACCUGUCGCCCGAAGCUAUUCCCUGAAGUUUAGCGUACUCUUUGACGGACAUGCCUUGAAUAAAGUUCUAAAAUUGGUUUCAAA